CCCGGGAUUCGAACCCAGGACCUCAGAGCGCUAUUGUACCGGACAUGCAAUACAACUACGCCACCGAGGCAGUCAUCGAUGAAGAUGAUAUAUAAAUAUAUAUAAAUUGAUUGGAGUUUUUCAAUAAUGUGGCAAAUUUGGUAUUUGACUUAUGAUUUGAGGACUAUUAAUAUUAUCAAAAACAAUUAAAUGAUUAUAACUUAUUAGACUGGUACCAGUAACCAGUAAGUUAAUAAAAAAAAAGCAUUUUACUAACGUACAUAAAAAAUAUCACCAAAAACUACAUACCCAUCCAUAAUAAGUAUUAUGCUGUUUGACUCUGAGGUUUGACUUUAAAAUUAUCUUUGGCUUACUCUAUGAAAAAUAAUUUAUGGUUUAGGUGUUGUGAAUUUAACUAUUCUCAAUUGAAUUUAAACAAUUUUUUAAAGUAAUGCUUUUACAACUAAAGAUUUCUUUCAUUAUUAUUCUUUAUUUUUUUGGAGCUCUUUUUAUGGUUUUAUUUCCACCAAGAAAUUACGAGCAAUCUGGUGCAAAGAUGAGGACUAUAAGAAGUGCUGAAAGUGAAUUUAGUUUCACACAAUACGCUGAUCACACAUUUGUAUUAGCUACAGCAGAACGUUUUGCAAAAGACAACCCAGAAGUAGUCCACACAGUGGGUCUUGCACCGUCAACUGCUGAAAAUCGAUCUAUAAUAGCUAUUGAAUUACGAAGUGAUAAAAACAGUAGAAAACCUGGCAUACUUAUCAUUGGAGCAUUGAAUGGGAUGGUUUGGGGUGCCCCAAAUGCAGUUCUUGAGCUAGCAGAUAAGCUGCUGUAUGAUUCAAAUUAUCAAACCCCGUUUUUCAAUGACUACGAUUGGUACUUGAUACCGAUGGGAAAUCCUGAUGGCAUACAUUUCACUCAAAGUGUUCGCUCACUCGCGCCCUUGGAUCAAACACAGUGGUCACGUAAGGUAUCGGCUAGGAUUAAUUCGAGACCGACGGAGUGGCACAAAAACGUUGAUAAGAUUUCGCUACAGGACACGUGUUUUGGGACGAAUGUGAAUCGUAACUUUGCUUAUCACUGGCAAGAUGAUGUACGUAAAACACCGGAACAUUGCUCGCAAAGUUAUCCCGGGGAUAAACCUUUUUCAUCAGCGGAAGCACAAGCCAUACGUGCUUAUGUCGACCGUCUCGGGGACGUCAUACACUUGACCAUACAUUUGCAUGCCAGUUUCGUUCCAAAAAAGGAGUUCAUUUUAUAUCCAUGGCGGUACUCCCUGCGACAACCGAGCAACUAUCGAUCUUUGCAAGAAAUAGGGGAGUAUGCCGCUAGACAAGCGCGUUUGCCGGAUGGUCGGCUCUAUGAGGUACAUCAAGGCAGUAACAACAUUCGUGUUGCAGGAACUUUGAGUGAUUACAUUUUGGGUGUAGUAGGGAUCGAGUUAGUUUUCAUUGUGAAGCCCUACCACGAACUGUUUCCUAACUACACGGACAUUAAUAUUAGAGAAGGGUAUGUGAGGAAGGCGAUGUCAACCAUCCUGAGCGUGGUGCGCGGCUGGCGCAGCAGCACCCGGCAGAACACGCUCUCCUUCUUCGGCAACGAUGUGGAAUUCUAAUCUUUAUGGUUUUACUUAAUUUCCCAACUAAUAUAAUACAUAUUGAAAUGCUUUAGAAACCUAUGCAGACGGUGUAUUUUAUACGUGCCGACGGCUUCAAACGCAAAUAAACAGCGCAGAAAACGUAAUACAGCUUGGAACUGGAAGUGCACGUAUAAAAAAGGCGCGAUGUCGGUGCGUAUAAAUACAUCGUUCCCAUAGGCCUUUAAUAAUAAACUGUUUAUGUGUACGAAAAUAUUUAAUGAUUUGUAAUAAAUCAUAGAUAUUGAU